AUGCAGUACAGUAGGUCACAAGGUGAUGGUGGCGGUAAGGUGCGCUGCUGCUGUAAGUCGAGUGUCCUGAGCCUUGAGUUGCGUUGUGAGAGGAGUGUUGUGCGUAUGCUGUGCUGUGCUGUGCUGGCCAGCCUGGUGAGGAGCUGCACCGUUCGGGGCCACAGCGCAGACCUCUUGCAGAAAGCGAAUUCUAGCUCUUCUCUCUUCUAUCGCCUCUCGCAGACGGGGGCACGCCCGGUCUCUUCGGCAAAAUCCUGCCGCCCGUAUCGUGUGUCUGUCUGUGGUAGACACUCCGACACGCUGCCUGACUACUGUGCAUCUACAAUCAUCUGUCAAGCUGCGUGGCUUGCCAUCGACACUUUCUUAUCCUAG